GAUUAGUAAUUAGUUGUAAUGUGUGUUAGUGAUUAUAUGCUAUGUUAGUAAUCCGUUAAUUAGUAUGUGUUUCCCCUAUAAGGAAUUGUAAUGUGUAUUCAUAUUCAACAGUUUGUCUCUCUGCAUUUUCGUUUGUCUCUUUGGAUCACUGCCACCGCGGAUAAUGAGAGUUACUCAGAGGGCACACACAUUUUGGGAUUCACAGAUUAAUGGAGUUGUCCUGCACUGUAAAUUAAAGUCUAGAUGAAUGAAUAGCACGUAAUUUUGCUAACACCGGACGAGCAUUCCGUCGGUAUAAUAUUAAAUGCACCUUAAAUAAUCUACCACUUUAACCUCUGGAACACCAGUUCUAUACGUUUCUCUAAGAAUAUCGACACAUAAAGCUGCAUUUUCUAAAGAUUUCAUUCAGUAAGAGGUGAAUGCUUUAAAACGUUUAGUGUGAUAAGACAAGCUGCAAAAAUACACUUGGGAGAGAAAAAAAGCCCUACAGUAUUGCUCUUGAAAAAAUAUGACAUAACAUAGUUGAACAUCACUUAAGCUUUACAUUACGUGACUGAAUAACAGAAUGAAGGGUCUCAAAGUUUCCUAGUUUGGAAUGUCAAAAUAAACACAGACUGCAUGUUUGUACCACGUAUUAACUGACUCGACUUCCUUCCUGUCUAGGUCAAGUCUCCAACUGUCUCAAAAUAACUAUCGACUAAAUUCCUCUACCAAUCCCAUUGAGCAAUGUACAAGGACAUGAGUUUUUUUUCAGGCAGACUCGCACCGCCCGAGCAUUUGCAUGGUAUCCACGGCUGAGGUGAAGGGUCGGUGAGGAUGAGGCAUGACGUCGGCACGCACGAACCCGGCCCAACACUGCGGAAUCAUUGAAGUGCUUCUGCCACCACUGCGUCUCGGACAACUACACUUGCGUGACGGAUGGCGCAUGCCUGGCAUCGGCCAUGCGCAGGCGGAGCCCGGUGGGGCUGACGCACAUCCGCGAGUGCAUCCCACGUGAGCGUCUCGUGCCCCCCGACCGCCCCUUCAUGUGCGUCAGCUCCUACGAUCGCGAGGUGCAGGUUACCAACGUGCACUGCUGCAACACGGACUUCUGCAACAUGGUCGACAUCACCUUACCACCACUCGUGGACCCAACGCCGCUGGUGGGUCUGGACCGACUGAGCUCGUGGAGCUCGGUGGAGCUGGCCGUGGCCAUCGCCGCCCCCAUCUGCUUCCUCUGCGUGCUGUUCACCGUGGUGCUCUGCUUAUGCCACAACCGGGCAGCAUGCCGGCACCUGCCCGUGCCAGACUCGGAUGAGGAGCAGGACAUUGGGCACCUGCAUCACCACCACCACCACCGCUACAUCACUGAGGGCACAACUCUUAAAGACCUCUAUGACCUAACCACUUCAGGAUCUGGAUCAGGUCUACCUCUGCUGGUGCAGCGCACCAUCGCAAGGACCAUCGUGCUGCAGGAGAGCAUCGGCAAGGGUCGCUUCGGCGAGGUGUGGCGUGGCAAGUGGCGUGGCGAGGACGUCGCUGUCAAGAUCUUCUCGUCACGCGAGGAGCGGUCCUGGUUCCGCGAGGCCGAGAUCUACCAGACAGUCAUGCUGCGCCACGAAAACAUCCUGGGCUUCAUCGCUGCCGACAAUAAAGACAAUGGGACUUGGACGCAGUUGUGGCUAGUCUCCGACUACCACGAGCAUGGCUCGCUCUUCGACUACCUGAAUCGUUUCACAGUGCCUGUGGAAGGGAUGCUUAAGCUAGCCCUCUCCACUGCCAGUGGUCUUGCUCACCUGCACAUGGAGAUUGUUGGCACACAGGGUAAACCGGCCAUCGCCCACCGAGACCUCAAGUCAAAGAACAUCCUGGUGAAGAAAAACGGCAUGUGCGCCAUCGCAGACCUGGGUCUCGCCGUGCGGCACGACUCGGCCACCGACACCAUCGACAUCGCACCCAACAACCGCGUGGGCACCAAGAGAUACAUGGCACCAGAGGUUCUUGAUGACACGAUCAACAUGAAGCACUUUGACUCAUUCAAGCGUGCUGAUAUCUACGCUCUGGGGCUAGUAUUCUGGGAAAUAGCUCGGAGAUGUGCUGUCGGAGCAGGGAUUCAUGAAGACUACCAGCUGCCCUACUAUGACAUGGUGCCUUCCGACCCAUCUAUCGAGGAGAUGCGCCGGGUGGUGUGCGAGCAGAAGCAGAGACCAAACAUCCCUAACCGCUGGCAGAGCUGUGAGGCCCUCCGUGUGAUGGCCAAGAUAAUGCGCGAGUGCUGGUAUGCAAACGGGGCGGCUCGUCUCACGGCGCUGCGCAUCAAGAAGACCCUCUCGCAGCUGAGCCAGCAAGAGGACAUCAAGGUGUGAAAGAGUCAGGCCCCUUAGCAGACCGGCGGCAACACGCAACAAUAGCCGCAAGCCGGUGUGGAAGAAGACUCUGUUUGACUGGGCACUCUCUGCCUCGCGAUCGUCACCGCAACCACGCUGCCCUGCCCAACCGCCCCGCCCACGACUCGCCUUGUUGCAAGCGGUGUGCCGUGCCGACGCAUGCCUUUUUAAGGACCGACAUAGAUUGCUUCAGUGCCAUAAUCUGGUCAUUCAUGCAUACAGGUUUCAUUCUACCUCGUGACAUUCAACCUGCGGAGUUCUUGAACUCUGCUCUUGAACAUGGGAACAUCCACCACCUCUGACAUGCAGUUUUCAUUGACCAUUAAUAGGCGUCUUAGCUAAAGCUUAGUGGUAUCAAACCACUGUGGGGCAUUUCUUGUAUCCAAAGUGAGUGUUGCGUCAAAGUGACCGAUCGCACUCUGGCAAAAAAAGCAAGCAAAGUGUACAUUUUGUCCACGGCAUUCAAAACUGAUUUAUCAAGUAGUGUGCAUUUGUGAGUGGAGUAAAGAUCAAAUUUUCCUUGAAAAAUAGCCAAUUGUUACACAGCCAUCGAGGUCUUUCAAGAACUAUAUGGUCUGCUUCAACUAUGCACCCAUGCAAAGAAGAUAAGAAAAUGAAGGUCAAAUGGGUUGCUUAUAUUAGUCAUUGCAAAUUAAAUAUGUAGUUUUUGGUUGGUUUUUUUCUCUAGGACCUGUGGAAUGUGAGCGAGGCCAUAAGUGGGCCUGCAUUUGUGAGUGUAUUGUGUUGACAUUUUUAAGUCCCCUUGUAAUUGAGGGUUUUUAGAAGACCUUGUAUUGCUGCUCGGCAUACGAAGGCCAUGAAAAAACAUUGUACUAUAUAAAAGUAGCUUGUUUUGUCAACUGUCACAUUGUUUGUCAAGCCGUCUUUCAGUCAUUGGAUAUUAAAUGUCACUUUAUCUGCUUAAAGUAGUAUCAGCCACUUCACGCCAAUAGAUUGACAUGUAAGUUUGCCUCCCAGUGUUGAAGAGUAAAGGAGGUUGCCUUUGAAAAAAAAUAUAUACAUUAUGCUGUAAAUAGUAUUUAUAGUGUUUGAUAGAAAAAUGUUUAACGUUUAUUACACAAAUAAAUUAAUUUAAAAUAUCACAUCUGUAACAAAACAGAAAAAUACAUUUUCAUAAUAUACAAAACUGAAUGUGUUCAGUUACGUAACUGCUGCAAGAACACCGAAUAGCUGAUUGUUCUUUACCCAUUCAUGCAUUUUAAACUUCGUGGGUACAUCAAUAGUGGUAGACAAUACCUUUGUAAACCUCAACCCCCCCUUACUGUGAAAUAGCUGCUAUAGGUUUUCUCCAGAUUAUAAAAUCGUCACAUCAGCGUUCACAUUUUGUCUUCUUUAAUUCCACCUUUUUCUAGUUUAAGACACUUUAUUAACUCAAGCUGGCAGACAUCAUAGGUACUGCGUGAUGCUGCUAUGCUGUUUUUUGAGACAUGAAGAGGGAAUGCGGCAUUUUGUAAAACUUGUCAUUCAGUGGCAUUAAGCAGUCUUAUGUAAUGUUCACUUUGAAAAGUCAAAUCUGGUCACUCAUCUUCUUUGACAGCCCUGAGCCAGUUAUGGACAUUAUCUAUUCCUAUGCCUGGCUAGUCUGUAUUUAGGACAAUUGGAUAACAGCAUGACAUUUUUUUUUACACAAAGUAAAACAAAAUUUGCUUGGAAACUUUGUCAGAUAGAUAGAUACGCAUUUAAUAGUGGAGUGCAUCAUAACUUCACAUCAACAACAUGAACAGCAGUCAUUCGUCCCUAUGUGGCAGUGACAUAACCAUAGUGCUUGUGGGGGUGAGAUGCACUUUGAGGCCACGUAAAGUGUCGAAGACUUGCAUGCAGGAGGUCAUGGGACAGACAACAUGCCUACUUGCCGUGUAUUAGCAUACCAGGCACUCCUCUCAUUUCCCGUUUUUGCUGGACGGAGACUGCCACCAACUCCACAUGCUGAUCUUGACACUGCUAAUACCAUUCAUUGUCAAGCCCAAUCUACUCCACAUCCUGCUGCACCAUAUCAGCCCACCUCUUCUCAAUCCCUUGCUGUGCCCAUGUAUCUCCCCCUAUCCGGCCAAACAGAAACUAUUUGGGCAUUCGGUGGCUGGGCAUGUGGGCUAGAUGAGCCAACCAAUGGAACCUCGCUUACGAGAGGUGCAUACUAAUGAGACUGUGUCCAGAUCUUUUAAGGGUCUGUCAAGGAUCUGUGAGGUCCACGUUCCUUUGACGGAGUCACAAGUUUCGUAAGCACAGAGAAGACAGUGGUAUAACUGUGGCCGAGAAGACCUGGAGCUUUGUAUGGAGCGAUACACCAGCCAGCUUCCACACAGCAUUACACAGCCGAUGAAAAGAUAAUGCUGCCCGAGUUGAGGACCUUCCACUUCUCAUGAUGACUGGAGGUAGAACCAGUCCAACAGACCUCCCAGUUUCAGUCUGUACUGGUCCAGCUCCCGAGAGAGAAAUGGCAGCCCCUCGAUGAGUGUUGGACAUUCCACUUAACCAGACAGUGGUUUCCUGCCGUUUCUGGAAGAACCACGAGGGGGGAAGCAGGGGCAGGGGUUAGUCUCUUGGUUCUGCCGAACAGAGUUUGGCCAGAAGAUAUCGUGGAUGCCUGUCCCUCCGCGGCCUUCGGCACAAGCCUAUGCUGCCCUUUUUGUGGUUGAAGAGAGCCUCAGUUGGCACACUGUAGUGGCUGUGAGCAUGACGUGCGAGCAACAGUUUUGAGCAUCAGCCUUUUCGCCUUCCCCCAAAUGGCAAUGCUCGCAACACACUAGUGUUGCCGUCUGAUACCAGCGAGGAGGUGUUAGCUUGUUUUGCCGGUUGACUUCAUAUCUCUGACGCAGGGAUAGUCACCGUAGAGUUUUGAAGAGGAAAAUUGUCUUUGAUUUGUGGCACGCAAGUGUACCCCGCCAUAGCAUGUGGUUAUCCCAUCGUGCCACGCAAAGUGGAAACGGAGACUCAUUUUAAUGGUGCCAGGUCUGUCACAUAUUUUUGUCCAUACCUUCCCAGGUGGUGUUUCUUCUCCAAUGGAUAAGUUCGCUUAAAACGAUGUGGGGGGAAAUGUGUUCAUGCAGAGUAAGCAUACCAUAGUUAUUCACUUCGUAAGAUCAAUUCAGUGUAGCUGUGUUCACAAACGUUUAUUGGAACAGUUCCUUUCCUGUAAUGUCAGCAAAGUUGCAUAUUCAUUCAUAUGCUUGAGUUUAACAAAUUGGGAAUUUUCCAAAGUGUAACUUUUUUGUAUCACAAAUUUACCGAAAUUGGUCAGUGUAAAGCAAAGUAAUUUGUUGUAGAAAAAAAACUUUGAUCUUGGCCAAUACUUGUGCUAUGCUUUCCAAGGGGUUGCAUAUGAAAUGUCUCAUUCUGUUAGUAUUGUUCCUAAACAAUUACAAAGAACAUACUCUAUAUUCUUGGUUCUUUCAGUAAAGUCACGUAGAAGGGAAACAAUAAAAGAAUAAUUAAAAUAUAUAUAAAACAAUAAAAUUCUCACGACGUUUCGACUUUACCAAAAGAACCAAUAAUAUUAAUCCCUGCAGUCACGAAAGCUUUAAAUGAGAACAUACUCUCGUUACAAUUCUAACUAGUAUAUACCUUCAAUGUGACGGUAUUUAUAAUUUCUUGCUAGAUGACAGUCAUUCAUUGAGUCAAACCUUUUAAUAUUCAAACCUUAGUGUGAAUAACUCAGAUGCAUUUUCGUCUUUGGCAUUAAUAGCCCUGAAGUGGCUUAUCCUCACCUGACAGUAAAAAAAACGCUGAUUGUAUUUACCUGUUUCCCAGUACCAGCCAAUCUGAUAUUAAAAGUGAAGGGUUACUGCACACUGUGUAUACAUACAUAUAUACCAUACUUAACAAAAUAUACAUCUAAUUAUAAAGUUGCGAUUGACUAAAAAAGCCAUUUUUUGUAGUCUUGCAUGGACGUAAUAUAUACUGUAUAAAUCUAACCAUUCAUUUCGUCGUUGUCUUGCAAAAAAAAUGAAUCAGGCAUUUGGUACUAUGCAGACGGUAGAAAACGAGUCUUUAUUGACAAGUGCUGUCACUUUAAGAAAAUAAAAUUGCAAUUUGCGGCUCAAGUGAGGCACACACGCUCCUUUUUCAGCAAAUCACUACUGUAAAAACAGAUGCCUUCACUUUGGCUGGCCCCAUAUGUAAGCCAUAUUUUGUCCUUGAUGUUCAGUGUACAGUGAGCGUAGUUCCGUAAAAUAAGCAUUGUUUUGUCUUGUUCAUGUUUUAUUUUGUAAAUAAAAUAUCUCGAUACCUCCCCUCGUUAGUUAGUAGUACCUCAGUGUUGACUAUUGUGGAGGUUACAAGCACCGUUUCAAAAGUAUCUCAUCAACUUUGUAAAUGAUUACAGUACUCAAUAAAUUUAGAAGUAAAAAAAAUGUA